UCAGGAUGCCGCGCAUGAGCGGCAUCAACUCCAGGGCUCUGGAGGCCAAACAGCGCAAAAAGGAGCAGCAAGCGGCUUUAGAACGGCAAAAAGAGGCUGAAGCAUUGGAUCGUUAUUGGGAAGAUAAUGAUAAACUUGUUCAGGCCAAACAGGAGCGAAAGCUUGAGGCACAACGCCGACAGCAAGAGAAGUUACAGCGCAAGCAGGAACUACGUCAGCUGGUUGAGAAAGAGGAGGCCGAGUUGGUAUCGAACAAAAAGUGCAUUAAGGGUGCUGCUGUCCCCAAAAUGACUCGAGCAGAAAUUUUACGAAUGCAAGCGUUACAAGCUGAAGCUCGGGCCAAGGAGGCUGCUAGUAACGCUGAUAAUGCUUAUUGUGAUGUCACUCGUGCAAAUAUAAACCACAUCAAUUUGCAAGAACGUCAAAUGCUUGAGGAGCACGAUAUAGAUUUAGUAAAGGCUUCCGGUUUGGAUGAGGUAUUGGAGGCUCUAUCUAUUGGUCCUAGGAAGGACGUAAACGCUGAAAAGCGUAUGAAGGCUGCUUACGAUGCGUUUUCAGAGGCUAAGAUGGCAGAGCUCAAGGAGGAGUAUCCUAAUUUAAAAUAUUCUCAGUACAAGGAUAUGAUAUUCAAGGCCUGGAAGAAAUCGCCUGCGAAUCCUAUGGUUGCGCCUAAUCUGUGAUGUUGCUUGUGUUUUGUGG